UGAUCAAAAAUCAAGCAAAGAAUGUUAAAAUGGAUUAAUUUCUAGAAACCAUGUCACAAAUAUUCUUUUAUUGUAUAAAGUGAGAAUUGAGUUUGAGUCUGGCAGCCAUCUGUACAGGCAGGGCAACCCAAGCAACUGGGCGACGUUGCCUCCCUCCGUGCCUUGAAGCAGCUCAGUCGUCGUUUGCAGAGCGAGCUCAGCGGUCCGAUGAGGAGGAGGACGAUGAUGCCCGAGCAGAAAUAGCACAGCGAUAACCGCCGACUAUGGUAGUUUCUACCAAACUUUCGAGGUGAAACAGCGGCCGACCAUGAUUGAGAUGCUUCAUGGACCUGAGCUGAAUACCAAAUUACCCUCAAGCAUCACGAGAUAGCCAGUCUGCAGGAUGGAGUCCCUGGAGGAAUGACAGUUUCGUCCCCCUUGGGUAACAAACCUUCAGCUAGAGAAAAUGAACUGGGCCGGUGGAUUCGUUUUUCUGGUCCUGGUGUUCUUCAUCGCCUCGCAAACUGCCGGGGCCUCACAGCUUAACGCAGACGGAAACUACACGGAAACCGGUAACGCGACAGACGGAGGAUCUGUCCCCGCUGUGUUCACAAGCGUGAGCCAGAUAAUUGCCCGAGAGGGGAGCUGCACACUGAUUGAUUGCAAUGUCACUGGAGACCCAUUCCCCAGUGUUCAGUGGUUCAACUCCCACGGUCACCGGGUGGACACGAGCGGAGGGAAGUGGUCGCUGCUCGACAACAGUGUCCUCAACAUCACUGGCAUUGAGUUCGCGGACCGCGGGAAGUACACCUGCAUGGCGUCCAACGCGUACGGCAGCUCCAACUGCACGGUGACGCUGCGCGUGGUGUUCACCAACGGCGACAUGGGCGUGUACUACAUGGUGGUGUGCCUGGUCACCUUCACCAUCAUCAUGAUCUUGAACGUCACGCGCCUCUGCAUGAUGAGCAGCCACCUGAAGAAGACGGAGAAAGCCAUCAACGAGUUCUUCCGCACCGAAGGCGCAGAGAAGCUGCAGAAGGCCUUUGAGAUCGCCAAGAGGAUCCCCAUCAUCACCUCGGCCAAGACGCUGGAGCUCGCCAAGGUGACGCAGUUCAAGACCAUGGAGUUUGCGCGGUACAUCGAGGAGCUGGCCCGGAGCAUCCCGCUGCCCCCACUCAUCAUGAACUGCCGCACCUUCAUGGAGGAGAUCCUGGAGGUGGUGGGGGUGGAGGAGAUGAGGCACACCUUCCUCAGGCAGGCUCCCGACGGACGCCGGCUCCCCUCCAUCGGGGUGAGAGAUGUCUUCACAAUCCUGCAGGAGAGGGAGCGGGGACGCAGCGAGUCACCCGCCGCCGAUUCCGACAACUCCUCCGAUCACGAGCAGCCGCAGCACAUCGCCAUCCAGGUGUCGGUCCACCCGCCACUCGUUGUCGGCGGGUACAGCGAGGAAGCCGCAGAGCAGCCAGAGGCUACGGAGUCCCCGUCCCCGCCGCCGUCUUCUCUUCACCACAAUGAGCAGCCCGAGGACACCGAGGAGGUCGCUGCCGCCGACGAACCGGUGGCAAGCAAGACCCCAACAUGCCAGGUGUUCUACGAGAGCCACGUGUGACGAACUGUGGCGAGCUCCGGAGAGACGAUACGUUACCCUGCUAUGCAUUUCCACUUGAAAAAGGUCCAUAAACAUUUGUAAGUUCACAUUUUGAAGAGAAACAAUCAGUUGUAUUUAUCGUUUGUGAACAAUCUCUCUAAACCUCUGCAGGCUCAUCUACUGAAAAUCAAUCAAAAGGAGACUCUGGGUGCUUGAAUGUAUCCGGGCGGAGGAAUAUCAGUGUAAAUGUAACAAGCAAAGCAUUGUAAACGGGCAUUUCCUGUGUUCUUAUUUAAAGAGUUGUGGGGAUUUUUCAGUUGGUAGUUUCUUACAGUGCUAGGGGGUUUUUAACGACAUACUUCAGAAAUCUGCCUCAAGCUGCUCUGCGUGCUCUUGUUUUCGGAUUGUGAAAGCGAGCUUCCUAGAUCCACUCCAGAAUUCACAUCCAGCUACUGUCACAGCCUACAGAUGCAUGCCGGACUCGAGGAGCAAUAACCGACAGUCUGACUGCUUACUCAUGAUUGUACAGCUCUCUGCAUCUCUAACAACAUGGAAGUAAGCGAGGAGAGAGAGAGCACACACACUGGGUGGAGCUUAGAUCUGUUUCCCUUAAAAUACUUUGAGUAUUUUUAUUAUUACUGCCCAUUUUGUGCUGUGAUUUUUGUUUCUUAGUCAUUUUUAUCUUCUUACUAAGACUAGUGUCUUGUUUUCGCUUGAGUAGAGAAGAGCAGCUUCGCUUCCUUUGUGAUUUUAUUUUAAUUUGACUCCUGACCCGAUUUCUGCGUCUUCGUCUUGCUUCUGCAGAAGCUUUACAGUACAGUCGUAUUUCUGCUGCAUGUUGGGAUUUUAGACAUCUUUCUCUGGGACUGAAAUGACUCCUUUUGUUUGGCCCUUCGCUUGGCUUACGGUCCAGUCUGUGGCAGAUAUGAGUGGGCGAUGUUCUGCUUCUUCUGGUGCUCUUCGAUGCUUCUCUUUUGUAGUGGAAUAAAAUGAAAGUGCUGUGCUUAAAAUGA